CUUAAACUCGCGCACAUCCGGGGAGGAGCAUCGUCGUGAGCAUGGAACGUUCGCCGGCUGCCUGAUCCUUCCAUCAUCGUGCACAGCGACGCAGCAGUGUAUAGCGCUCACUUUGCGCGACCACACCAAAUCGACACCGACACCUUCGACCACGUGAUGAUGAUGUACGCGUAAUUAAAACUGAAGCUACUGCGAAAGAUUGCGCGCGUGCACUUGCGGAGAAAUUUUAGCAAAACAGAGCCGUAUCAAACAGCGCACACUACAAGGUCUGCGUAUCGCGCGCGCAUACCACGGACAAUGUAUAGCCAGCAACGACGGUACAGCAUGACGAUGGUCGUCUUCGUUCGCCGGGUGCUCCUGCUGCUGGCCACUGGAAUUACGAUUGCCAGUGGCAGUGCCAGCUACAGCAUGGUGGAUCCACAGCGUGUCCUCAGCAGCGUUGGCCUCAAUGUUGGCGCCAGUUUCGGCACAGGAACGGCCACCGUCGGCGGGACGGGCAACGAGCUCGCCGUGACCCUGCCAAAGGCUGCAACGGAACUGUUGCAGGCCACAGCUGCUGAUGCCGUUGCCGCAGCUUCCGUAAGAGACAGCACUGACCUUACGUCAACGGCACCCUCGGUGUACAAUGGCACCGGGAGUAACGCCACCGACAGCAACGACGCUUUAUGGAGCAAAUACGUCGUCCGGUCCGGAUACGUGCUGCCGGUCGAUCCACUGUUUGUGGCCAAAAUCAAUCCCUUCUGGCUGCGGUUCGAUCCACCGUCGGCCGGCGAACACUACGGGCUGGCCGUAUUCUACUUCCUGAUGAUGCUGUUCGGCGUUAUCGGCAACGCGCUGGUCGUCUUUAUGUUCUACAGGUAUCGGUCAUUGCGUACUCCUGCCAACUAUCUCGUCAUCAACCUAGCGGUGGCUGACUUCAUCAUCAUGAUGGAAGCUCCAAUGUUCAUCUACAACAGUAUCCACCAGGGUCCAGCACUUGGAUCGAUUGGAUGUACGGUGUAUGCGCUGAUGGGAGCCGUCGGUGGAACGGUCGCGAUCGCUACCCUCACCGUCAUCUCGAUCGAUCGCUACAAUGUGGUAGUGUACCCGCUGAAUCCGAACCGCUCCACCACCAAGCUAAAGUGCUACUUCCUGAUCGCGUUCACCUGGGCGUACGGGCUGCUGUUUGCCAGCUUCCCGGCGCUCGAGAUCGGGCUGAGCCGCUACACCGCCGAGGGCUACCUGACGGCCUGCAGCUUCGACUAUCUCGACCGCACGUACAAGGCGCGCGUCUUCAUGUUCGUGUACUUUGUGUUCGCCUGGCUGAUCCCGUUCGCGAUCAUUAGCUACUGUUACGCCCGCAUCCUGAUCGCGGUCAUCAACGCGAACGCCAUCCAGUCGAGCAAGAGCAAGAACAAGACGGAGGUGAAGCUGGCCGGUGUGGUGGUCGGCAUUAUUGGGCUGUGGUUCGCCGCCUGGACGCCGUACGCGGUGGUCGCGAUGAUGGGCGUGUUCGGAUACGAGCAGUACCUGACGCCGCUCAACUCGAUGAUACCGGCGGUGUUUGCGAAGAUUGCGGCCUCGAUCGAUCCGUACUUUUACGCCAUGAACCAUCCGCGCUAUCGGCAGAUGCUGGAGCGCAUGUUCUGCAACCGGGGUGCCGAUCAGGGCAACUCGCAGUACCAGACGUCGCACUACACGCGCGGUGCAUCGCGCGGUGGUGACUCGGAGGGUGGUGGUGGUGAAGAGUCCGGCGGCGGUGGUGGUGGUGGUGGUGGAGGUGUUGGUCGUGCUCCCGGCGGUGGUAAUGCUGGCUUGGGACGCGGUGGCACUGUCCGUGGUGGUGGUGGUGGUGGUGGACGACUGAUCGCGGGCAAGGGUGGUGGAGGAGCAAACGCGACCGGCAGCAACGGAGGCGGCGGUGUCAAGGCACUCAAGAAGCAGAUCUCCAAUGGCGACGAAACAUCGCUCGAGGUAUCGCUCGAGAUGUAACAGUGCUGCCGGCGAGGAGUUCAGCUCCUUCGCGUGACGGACGACUACGAAAACAGUGCCUUCGUGUAGCGAAAGAGAGAGAAAAAUAGAGGAAGAGAGUAACAGUGUAGUAGCAGAACACGGCGGCGAGUUAAAGGGUAAAGUUGGCUGGAGAACGAGAAGAGUCUGGCAAUUACGGGCGGCGUUGACGAAUCAAAGCGCGUUGGCGUGAGAAAGAAAUUGCGCACCAAUGGAGGUACGAAUUAACGAGAGGAAUCAUUUUUCGCUUAAAACAGGCAAAACGGGGCUCGUGUGCUUCCUGGAAAAGAUGUGUAGAAGGCGGAGGAAGGAAAAUCCACAAAACGCUCGGACGAAAGUUGAGUGACGUGUAAGGGAGCCACAGAAAGGGGUAGAGAACUCAAGUCUGAGGGUGAAAAAACAGGCGCGUGGAAUGAUUUAUAGGGCGGGUGUAUUAGGAGAAAUAAACCCCUGGAGUGAGGAAAGCCAUACACACACACACACACACUUGAAUAUUGCGUAUCACACACGCGCGUCUGAUUGAAUUGUUUUAACGCGCGAGGUUUUCCUUUAUUGCGCACUCUUUGGUCCUUGGCUCGGUAAUUGUCUACGGCCUACGCGAAAGCACCGGACGGUAAGCGAUUGCUUCUCACCCACAGACACACACACCCCGUGUGAUGGAUUCUUUAUGGUAAAAUCACUAAACCGGUGUGUUCUGUGUUGUUCGCUCUUGCUCGAGAUGGGUCGUAAAAUAACACAUUGUUUUCGCCACCAUCGAACACUUGCUUGUUUUUUUGGGUGUGUGGCACAGCGUUUUCCUUCCUUUUUUUCCAUGGAAAAACUUUUCCAGCUUACGCACAGAUUGAUUGUUAGUUGCUUUCCUUAGCCGGUACGGUGCGCCGUUAGCCUACGCGGACGUUGCGCUUUUUUAUGCCCCUGUGUGAUCUGGUCAAUCCGGUUCGAAGGACCAAAAAGUGGCAGGAAGUGGUAAGAAAGGGAAAAUAGCGCCACACAAGAAUAGCAACAAUAGUAUUUUGGUGAAUCUAUUACGUGUUUUUUCCCCCAACCCUCCUCACGCUCUCCCUUCUACCGGGGUUUUUUUUCUUUUCUCGUCGUCGCGUACUCGCGCAAUCUGUUAUACCAUCCGUUAUUUAUCGACGUGCGUACGAUAACGAGGAAGAGAAGGCGAAGAGGCAUACCAAGCGAUCCUGAGUGAAAAACAAAUGAAACAGUGUGUGAGUGAGUGAGUGAAAAAGGGAGAAAGAAUAUCCCCACAGACGUCCUUAGAUAGGAAGGAAGUACACGCAGCAGGGAGGAAAAGCGGCCGGACAAAAUGGUGACACACACACACACACACAGAAGCGUCACGGCGCGAAGAAUCGGGGUGGCGCAAAACAUGAUUAAGUGGUUGUUUUCUUGCUCGCCCGGUGCAAAAGUUCGGACCGGAAGUUAUCAUGCUAAGUGAAAGUCGCGCAAGAAAGAAAAACGAAAGAACAAAAAAACACAAUCCCCUUGACGUGGUAACAACACGGGCCACGCGAUACUAACCUUUUCUUAACCGUCCGCGGUUAACAGUGGCAGAAAGUUCACUACCCACCCCUCCUCCCUUUCGUUUCCUUUGGGGGGGGGGGAGGGGGUGGUAGUUUCCCUCUAUCAUCCAUAUCUUGUCUCUCUCUUUUCCUCUCGUUCUCGUGUGUUGUGUUCUACGAUUAAGCCAUUGCAACAUAACGUCGAAAUGGUUCUGUUACUAACCGGAAUAAAAUGGCAACGUAUGUACGCGGUGUGUGUGGUGUGUAGUGGUCGUAAAUCUUACUGCCAGCAGACACUUCUAGCAGCAGUUGUGGGGGCACCAUAAAGAGAGAAGCAUUCUGGCAGCGGCACUUGUGACACCUACCACCACCACCACCACCAACGUGAACUGUUGUAAAGGGCCAACUGUUGGAAUGAAUAUUCAUUCCGGUGUAGUUCGUUUAUCGAUUGAAGGGCAGGACAUGACAGGACAGGACAAGACAGGUCGGCCAUGUGAUGACACUCUCGCGGUUUUGGCGUCUCACGUGACGUCCUCGUUCAUUCGUACAUUGUAGGUUGUUAUUUUUAAAACACAGCAUCUAAGCUUUAUAUUUGUUAAACACUGUUAGCUCACCAACAACGAACAAUUGAGAAACAUACACAGACACCCACACAGGGCAACAUAGAUCUCGUAUCGCAUCGAUGUUAUAUUUUCCCGCAAAGCUAGAUCAAUUACAAGUAGAGCAGUUGUUGCUAUGGUUACUAAACACCCGUUUUUAAAUGUUCAACGGACGAGGCAGACAAAGAUGAAGAAAAAGGCGAGGAGGCAGAUGAAGAAAAAGAAAAAUAAGAAGAAGAAGAAGAGGAAGAAGAAGAAGAAAAAUAAGAAGAAGAAGUAGACGAAGAAGAAGAAGAAGACUCACAAAACGUUAUCAUCUCCUCCGCGUUGUCUCUCUCUCUUUCUUCUCGCUGUGUUUGUAGUAUUUCGCACUAAGCGCACGAAGAAUUGUUGGGCGAAGGCGAAAGUGUUGGCGCGUCGCAGUUGGCGCUUGCCGCAUAAGCUUUAAGCAUCAUUUAGUAUGUAGUGAAGCUUUUCCGUUCGUUGAAGCUUUCUCCUGAACCGAAAGUUUGACAGAAAGCUUUCAGGAGGAGCGGGGUUCGGGAAAGUCGGCUGGUGAUGGCAAAAUGUGUGUUUUGCGUUUUUUUCUUGAAAUGUUUCCUUCCAAUGUUUCGCGGUCUGCUUUCCGCGACGAAGCGGGAAGUUUGUAAGCAUCGAGGCAUCGAACCACUUUGAUAUCUCGCAAGCAAGCAUCUUUGACAAUGGGAUCGGGAGGCAAAUUGUAGGUGAAGGAUGGUAGGAGGGAAGGGAAAUCGUUACUGAAAAAAUUGUGCCUUAAUUUUACCCAAUUGGCUGAACCUUUUUAAACGCUAGGCUAGGAGGAGACCACACCCGGCGCAACGGUCGCAAAGGUUAUUGUGCUGUGGGAUGUGGUGGAUGAUACUUAAAUGCAACGGCAGCGCGACCGACCGAACGAAGCGACAGUGGCAGUUAAUGUUGUGUGUGUUGUUUUUCGUUUUAUUAUUACCACUACUAAAACAAACCAUUCCCAAUGCAAGAUAAUAGCAAGAUAACAGUUCUCAAUGACGCUCUGAGCGGAAAAAGAGAUGGAAAGGAAGGGAAGAAUCAAAGGGCAAAGCAUGGACAAACGAGCUUAGAGGUGAUGGGUGGGAAGCAGAAGCUGGAAUCGAAAGUAUAAAAAAGGCAGUCGAGAAACGGAAAGUACAAAAAGCGACGAGGUUUGUGUGAGGAUGCAUGUGCGUGUGCAUUAUUUUCGGAAGAAUUUUGCAUACAUACAAGAAGUGGUAUGAGGCUGGAUCUGAAGGGCGUCAUAGAAGAAAUUCACAUACACACACACGUAUAUAGAACCUACUUACUAUAGAUGGAGAACAAAUGUACAUGUAUUUCUGUUGUUAGAAAGCAAAACAAACAAACAAACAAACAAUUUCUUCCAUAUACAACACAUCGAUAAAACAUAGCCAAGGCAAAGCAAAACUAAACCAACAAAACCAAUAUCGAACGAAAACAACGUUUACCUAAUAGGAACAAAAAAGCAAAAACUAGUUUGUCGCAACCAACACAA